AUGAAGGCGUCUACUGUACUCUUCUACGUGGCCCUCGGCGCCACCUCUGCCCGGGCCCUACCUGCCGAGGCGGUUGACCACGUCGCCAACGUGGGCAAUGUCGACGUCGGCGAGGCUGGCCUUGCAAUCGACCGCGUCCAAGGCGGACUGGAAGCCCGCGACAACCUGCCCGGCCUCGACGCCCUCCAGUCCAAGUACGCCCGUGGCAUCAUCGCCCAGGCCAAGACGGACAUGGUUGGCGCUCACGGAUGCCAGGCUGGUAUUGCCACCGCUCUCACCGAGUCCAGCCUCGUCAUGUACGCCAACAAGGCUGUUCCCGCCUCUAUGAAGCUGCCACACGACCGCGUCGGCUCCGACCACGACAGCGUCGGCCUCUUCCAGCAGCGCGCCUCCAUCUACAAGAAUGUCCAGUGCGACAUGGACGCGGCUUGCUCCGCGGGCCAGUUCUUCGCCGAGAUGAGGCGCGUCAAGGGCUGGCAGACCAUGGCUGUUGGCGCCCUCUGCCAGCGCGUCCAGCGCUCUGCUUACCCCGACCGCUACAACAAGUUUGUGCCCACUGCCACAAAGGCUUGCAAGGCUGGCGGCCUGUAG